AUACAAUCCAGUCAAAAGGGUGCAUUCAGAGGAGACAACUGUUGAGUGAUCAGUUAGCGCUUAUCUGCCGAAUGGGUACGUUCACUCAACAUGUUUACUGCUCAGACGCCAUUUUAUGUAUCACAAAUUUUCUACGCUACCUACGCUCAACGUGUUGGGUAGAUCAAAUUCAAAUUCAAACCGUGUAGAUUCAAGUUAAAGAAGCAAGGAUAGCAAAUGAAAUCAAUUAUUACAGUGAAAUGUAUGAAGUAAACGGUCUUCAGUACGAUGUAGUAGAGAGUGCAGAAGUGCAUAAAAUAUUACAAAAUGAUCCUGGUAGUGGGAAUUUAAUCACAUUCUCACAAUUUCUGUUUAUAUCCAUUGAAGGAUUUUUCUUAACGUCAAAAUGUGGCACUGUCAAACCUGCUAUUGGCAUAAAGGAUUAUACAUUGCUGGUAUUGAUGUUCUUCGUUUCGAAUGUGUGCAAUAAUUACGCGUUUGACUUUAAUAUACCCAUGCCUCUUCAUAUGAUUUUUAGAUCGGGUUCCUUAAUAGCAAAUAUGAUUAUGGGAAUUAUAGUUUUGAACAAAAGGUAUCCAAUUAGCAAAUAUUUAUCCGUUUCGAUGAUAACUUUAGGAAUAGCAAUUUGUACAUUGGUUAGUAGCAAUGAUAUAAAAUCUACAAGACCUGCUCAUCUUGAACUCAUGCCAACCACUCCAAUGGAAGAUUUAUUUUGGUGGACCAUAGGGAUAAGUUUGUUAGUUGUAGCAUUAUUUAUUUCUGCAAGAAUGGGUAUUUACCAGGAAACGUUACAUCAACGAUAUGGCAAGCAUCCUAGGGAAGCUCUGUAUUAUACGCAUUUAUUACCGAUGCCAUUUUUUCUUCUCUUGAUUCCCAAUAUAUUAGAGCACAUAAAGAUGGCAUUGAAAUCAUCUGUAUUGGAACUUCCACUGAUUGGCCUGCAGAUGCCAAAGACCAUUGUUUAUCUUGUUGGGAAUGUAUUAUCUCAAUAUAUAUGCAUAAGAUCAGUGUAUGUGUGUACGUCAGAGUGCACGUCACUGACUGUGACUCUGGUGCUGACACUGCGCAAAUUUAUUUCUCUAAUUUUUUCCAUUCUUUACUUUAAAAACCCAUUCACGAUAUAUCAUUGGAUAGGUACAAUUCUAGUUUUUACGGGUACGGUAGUAUUUACUGAAAUCAUUCCAAAGAUUCAACAAUCAUUGAAAUUUAAAACCGAGGCUAAAAAGAUGGAAUAAGACCAUCUAUUGAAGAUAUAUUCAUGAGAAAUUACAAACUAAACUAAUUAUAAUAUUAUUUUUCAAAAUCUGGCGUGAUCCAGUUUGACAUUCAUCAUCUUACAUUAAUAAACCGCAUAAACGGUAUCCUACUUGAGUUGAGCCUGAAAGUUCCUGUCAAUUAUAUCUGGAAAUGAAAGCAUUGUAAUUGGUGUGUACUUUGUAACUUGUGCUGCGAGUCAUUCAACAGCAAAUAUACAAGUUUAUAAAAAUUCCUCCUAAAUUCAUAAUCAUGCCAAUCCAAUAUCCAUGUUGAAAGUAACAGUACUAAAAAGCGGUACAUGCACGCGAAAGGUGCCUUGUUUUCUGUAGAAUAUACUUUAUUCAAUAAAUACAUUGUUUUCUA